UGCUGACAGUUGUGCUUUGUUAUCGUGCAGAAUAUUUUCCACUUAUUUUACAAGAACAAAAUUUUCGUGUAUUAGUGCAGUCAGAUUUCAUAUGGAUAUAAGAGAUGAAGCGAAGUCCGCAAUGGAAAUCGUUAACGUUCCGCCGAUUGUAUCAACAUACCGACAGGCAUUGCAUACCUUCGAUGACAAGUACAAAAGCGAUCUUAAGACAAACUUACUUAAGUUAAAAUCUAUGAUGAAUAAUUUAAAAGCGGAAGAUUUGGGAUACGAUAAUACUCUAAGUGAUCCGGGGACUUGGCGGAGACCGAACAAGGCGCCGUGUACAUAUGUGGAAGUGUUUCAAAAUAGUCUUGUAAAUAUGAGUAUAUUUGUUUUAAAGCCGGGUUUUAAAAUGCCAAUGCAUGACCAUCCACAUAUGCACGGGCUACUGAAAGUGAUCUCUGGUGCUGUACGUAUAAGAAGUUUUACGGAAUUUCCGCUCAAAGAGGCUGUUAAUGAAAUUGAUUUCGCAAUUCGUGCUAAACACGAAGCCGCUCGUAUCGCGCACGGGAUUCAUAAACGUAGAAGAUUAUUUGCGACAAUAUCACAAGACUCAAUAUGUGCUGCGAAUAGUGAAACUUGUGUUCUAACACCAACAAUAUCAAAUUAUCAUGAAAUUGAAGCAUUGGAAAUGCCAGCUGCAUUUUUUGAUAUACUUUCCCCACCUUAUGACACACUUAUAGAAGACAUAGGACCUAGAAGAUGUAGAUAUUAUUAUGUAGCUAAUGAAAUAAGCACCAAUUUAGUUGAAUUACAAGAAACAAAAGUGCCAGAUUGUUUUUAUUGUGAUCAAGUACCAUACUUAGGUCCAUAUCUUGGGUAAGAAUUAUUAAUAAUUAUUAAAACAAGUUAUUUUUAUAUAUUGAAGUUAAGACACAUAUAUCUAUGUUACCACAGUAACUUGUAUCUAGUUAGUACUGGUGUUUAAAUCUAUUGCUAAUAAUUUUUCAGUGUUUUUAAUUAAAAAUGCUCAUUGUUUUGUUCCAUAUGACAAUUUAUUUAAAAAUGAAGAUAACCAAAACUGCUAAAUCGCAAGGAUUUCUCAAACAUCUCAAGUUGAAAGCAAAACUUGUAAUGUUCUGUUCUUUUAAAUUUUACUUUAAAAUAAAAGUAGAUACUAUAAUCAACUGCGAAGAAUUAAAAAAAGCAAUACCGACUGAAUACAUAUAAAAGAUGAAUAUACACAAACAUCAAAAAGAUUCAAACUGAAAAAGAAUAGUUUUGGCAUGUGAGAUUUCGACCCAGUUUUUUUAUUAACUCUUACUUCCACUGCAGAUAUUUUGUGUAUGUGUUAUAUACUUUGUGACACUCUAGGAAAGACUAUUAAUCAAUUGACACCUCAUUCAUUAAAAUUGGUUCAUUUGUUGAGGCUGUAGGGAUUAUUCCCAACCGUCACUCUGCUCUGUCCCUACAUGAGGAGAGAUGAGAAUGAAAAGGUUCAUCCAUCUCACCUUUAGGUAAUGAGGGGACAGUUGGAACUUAUUUUAUUUCAUAACAGUUCUAUCUGUUACCUUAUUGGUGUUAGUAGGACUAAAAGGUGGGACAGGAGAAACAUUUUAUUAUUAUGUGUGGCAGAGAGGGGCGACGGUUGGGAAUAAUCCGGCUGUAGGAUAUCACAAUAGAAUUUACAUAUACAGAAAAAAUAUACAGACAUAUUACAUACUUUCUUCUUUUAGGAAGUAGGUCAACAAAGACAGACACAAACUUACAUACACACAUUUACACAAAAAGUUUUUUACACAUUGUGCAAAUGGAAAUAUGUGUUGAAAUUUUUUUAUCUAUUUUGAUUAAAAAAAAUGGUUAUUACCAUUUUGCUUGUUUUCUGAGACAUUGUUACCUAAUGUUCAAGUUAAUGGACCAAAAAUGUUAUAUAUAAGCUUAGUAUUGGCGGAUAGUGAAAAUGGUAGAGGCUUAGGUAAAUAUAUCUUAUAAAAUAUUUAGGGCCUGUCCCACCAAAUUGUUAAUGUCUGAUAACAAUCGAACAUGUAAAAU